AUGAAUUAUUAUCUCUUGACAUAUUUGUCACAAAUUUAAAAUUUACUCAAAAAAAAUGAGCGAAGAAGGUGAAGCCAUAGCUCGAAUUGAAAUUGAUGCCCAGAAGCAGAGACUUUUCAAUACUAUAAAAGAAGCGUUGGAUGAUAUGAACCUAAUCUCGAGAUUACCUCAAUUAACGUUGAAGAGAUUUUCUAGUAUUAUAGAACCUCAUUUAGGUGAUGACGAAAUUUAUUUUCUGAAAUACAUGUAUGUAAAAUAUUACAAUGAUAAAAAUGUGGAUCCUUUUCUUAUGGACGAUAGAAUAACAUAUUUCUUCAAGAUACUAAAAGAUUCGAAACCAGUAAUUGAAAAAUUAAAGAAGCUGAAGCCUAUAGAGCCUGCAAUUUUGAAAGUAAUGAGAUUUGUACAACAUCUAGAGUCGCAUUUUCAAACCAAACUGGCUUUAAAUGGUGUAGACGAUAAUGAAUAUCAGAGGAAAUUGAGAAAUACUUAUCAUGCUAAUCAGUUCUACAAAGAGAGGAUUGAAGCCUUUACAAGACAACAAGCAGAAAUCCAACGUGAUUUAGGUUCAAUACUUGCAAAAAACACUGCACUUCUCAACGAUUACAAACAAAAAAUUGAAGAUAUAACAAUAAAAAACAACGAAAACAUAGAAAUGAAGCAGAAAAGAUCCUUGAAAAUGAUGAGUGACGCGACAUUGAAAAGUGAAGAGAAACAGCAGAACUUAAAAGAAGAGUCGGAGGAAAUUAAAACGCAGUAUGAUAAUUUAUUAGUCACGCAUGUUGAAGCGGAGAAAAAAUUGAGAGCGAAACGAUCCAAAAUUGAAGCGCAACUGCAUUCUUGGAUCGGAAAGUUUGAUCAAGACAUUGGAGAUCGACACGCUGAAUUGGAGGAAUUAACCAAAACAUUUGACGAUUUAGAUGUUGAAUUUCAAGAAUUGACGAAAAAGAUGGACGAUCAGGAGCCAUUCUAUCUGAAGUGCAUGGAAGAGAAGGAGGAGGAACAUAACAAUAUUAUGAAUAAAGCUGCAAUUGUUUACUUGUACAAUCGAUCAGCACGACGUAUCCAAAGAUACUGGAGGGAAUAUAACAAGAAGCUUAAACGAAAAGUCUAAAUAGCUAAAUUUAUUAAUAAACCUUUUACUAAUAUUUUACAAAAUAAUUUUUGUGUGAGUCUUAUUACUUGUUCGUGUGCAAUCAUCGAUCAAACAAGUCGAUGCGUUGCGUUGUUUAUUUUUAUUUGAUCUGCAAGAAAGUUACAAUGUCCGAUUCAGAUUUAGUCUUACAACAAGAAAGAUUAAAAAAGAUAACAGAUGAAUUAAUAUUACAACUUACAAUUCUGGAAGCACUACCUUAUUUAACCUCAACUGAUGGUUUAGC